AACUGUACACCGUAAGCGGACAGUCCGCGCGUUAACAAUCCGUGACGUCUCGUAAUCAUAUUCAUAGUAUUAUAAUAUUCGUAUUAUUAUUAUCUCCGUCGUCACUCUUCCAAAUAAUCAGUAAUCACAAUAAUAUUAGUAAUAAUAAUAAUAAUUCUAUGAUAUUACGAUAAUAUCAUAAUAUUCGUAAUAACAUAAUAUUAUUGUUGUACAAGACGUGUACAACUCGAUCGUACGAUUGACGUCGUCCGACAACCGAACUGUACGUGUUUACUGCAGCAGCAGCAGCAGCAGCAUCCGCUUCGAGCAGUACACCGUCGUACGUGUAAUACUGAGCUGUCGAGACGUGUUCGCGGGCCGUAUUAUAAUAUUAUUUUAUUAUCGCCGAGUACACUCCGAAGUGCUGACACGGCCGUCGCCGAUCGCGUUGUGUGUCAGUCGUCUGUGUGAUAUAUUUUUUUUCAGUAGUUGCGCGCGCGUCGAGUCUUGUAGUUUAUCGCCAUUGCCUUGAGGCCGUCCACCCGCUUCUUUGUCCCUUCCUGUCCGCUGUGCGCAACCGCUCUCGGCCGGUGUCCUCCUGUGCUCGACAUGACCAGUCCCGCGUAGUUAUGUGACGACGACUGUGCUCUACACCCUGUCUUGUAUAUUGUAUACACCUAUCUACGCAACAGUGACGACGAGUUUUCCGAUUUCCAUUUCGAGUUCUUCCACUGAUGUUGGCCGGACGACGCCGAUCAACAUGGUUAAAAGAUCUGAUGCAACUGAUUCAAAAAAAAAUAACUCCAAACAUGAAAAUGCAAUCAAAUAUGGCGAACUUAUAAUUCUUGGCUAUAAUGGCCAACUAACUGCGGGUGACAAAAGAAGGCGGCGCAGUAAAUUUGUUUUAUGGAAGAGAGAUGUAGCCAAUGGAAUUCGAAGAUCUAAUCAUUAUGUUGUGCCCAGUCCUCAAAAUUCACAUGCGGUGCUAGACAAGAACCAGCACUCCAUAUCGUACACACUGUCUCGGACCGAGGCAGUGAUAGUAGAGUAUGUAAAUGACGAGGCAACUGACAUGUUUCAGGUUGGCCGUUCAUCAGAUUCCCCAAUAGAUUUUGUAGUGAUGGACACAAAUGCGGAAAAGAAUGCUGCAGCUGUUAACAAUGUACCUAUUGUUGAUAGUAAAAAGACAGCUGCAGCAAGUACAAUAUCUAGAUUUGCUUGCCGCAUAAUUUGUGACCGCGACAAUACCAAUAUAGCUCGUUUAUAUGCGGCAGGAUUCGAUUCUUCUAGAAAUAUAUUUUUAGGGGAAAAAGCAACUAAAUGGAAAGACGGUGAAGAAAUUGAUGCACUUACUACAAACGGAGUAUUGGUUAUGCAUCCAAGUGGAAAGUUCCACAAAGGAAAUACGGAACCAGGUAUCUGGUUAGAGGUUUCAGUGUGUGGUAAAUUAUUUUCUUUGCGUGGUUCUCGAUCUGCUCAACUUAAAGGUGAUAUGAUUGAUAAUUCAGACAAUAUUCUUACUGAUGGAACAUUGAUCGAUUUAUGUGGUGCAACCUUGCUUUGGAGGUCAGCGGAAGGACUCAGCUUAUCUCCUAGUAGAGAAUACUUGAAAAAGCUGAUUGAAAGGACAAAUCGUGAACGACCUACAUGUCCUGUUGGUCUGUACACAUUAGUGUUUCCUCAUCAUUCGGAAGACCAUGCUGCUGCAGUAGCAUCUUCAGAACUUGCAGAUAUAAAGCAACAGCCAUAUGCUUACUUGCAAUGUGGUCAUGUCCAAGGUCGUCAUGCAUGGGGAUUAAAUAAAGACUCAAAUAGUAGAACAUGCCCAAUGUGUUUAAAAGUCGGCGGUAUAGCCAAGUUGAGUAUGGGCAUAGAGGCUUCAUUUUAUGUACAGGAUAAGGAAAAACCAGAUUUAUAUGCCUUUAACCCAUGUGGUCACGUGGCUACAGAAAAAACGGUCAAAUUUUGGUCUAAUGUAGGGAUACCUUAUGGAACCAAUGGGUUUGAGGCAUUUUGUCCUUUUUGCGCUAAACUACUUGAAGGCUACCCGGGAUAUGUUAAAUUAAUUUUUAACUAAAGUUUAAGUACAUUUUUAAACAUAAUUAUAAAAAUGAAUAGAUUUCUUUUUAUAGUUAAUAUUUAUUUUUCCUUGACCUUAUAAAGGUAGUGUGAUAAUAUUAGCUCUUUUUUUGUCAAUUUGUGAGUUUUACUUUCGUCAUUGUUUUUAUUACAAUUUUUUUAUUUGUUUUUCAUCAACUGCAUAACUAGGGUAUGACAUUUUGUAAACUUAGAACUAUUUUAUUUAACUAUUUUUUGCCUUUUGCUUUUAGUUAAAUAUUUUUUAUUUUUUAUAUUAUUUAAUCACUUCUGUGUAGCACCAGUAAUCUCUAAUCAAUAUAAUAUUAUUUUUGUGUCUGAUUAAUGUGGCAGUUUAAAAUAGUAACAAUCUAUAAAAAAAACUGUUUUGAAAAAAUCUCAGUAUUAGUUUUAAAAUUAUUAUUGAAUAUCUUUUGCAAUGUUUAUAAUUUUUGAAGAUCUUAACAAUGUUACUUUUUAAAGAUCUUAUUAGCUAUAAUUAAAUUUAAUUAUCAAGUAUUUUAUUAGGGUUGCUAUGAGUAAAAGUUAAAUUUCAUCUGCUCUGUCACAUUUAUUUCUUAUAAUGUCAUAAUAAUGUCAUGAGCACUUCAAAUUUCUUUUUAAUGAUGUUUUUUAAUCAGCAUAAUAAAACAAGAAGAAAUUAACGAUCACCUUGGGUUUUUUAAAUUGAAAUAAUAAAUGCAUAAGCACUAUUAAGUGAUGUGGUGUGUUUGAAGAGAUCUAAGUAUUUUCAAAUAUUAAAAAUAGAAUACUUUGAUUUUUUAUAUUUCUAAUGAGAAAUUAACAUUUUUUCUUUUAGAUUCUGAGUGAAUUUAGUAAUGUUUUGAUUUUACAAUGAUGUUUUUAUUUCAUUAUGAUCACUAACAUUAGGAUCAUAUAAAUGGCAACCCUAGUAUCUAUAUUUAAAUGUUUACUUUUGAAUUUAUUUUAUGUGGAGUAUUGUUAGGUUUUUUUUAUAAUUAAAUAUAUUUUAAUUAUAUAGUUAAGGUUUUAAUCAAUUUAAGUAACAUUUUAUAGUUUUCAUAAAUGUGUUGAUUAAAUUAUUGAGAUGUAUUUGUCAGAAGUACAACUAAAAUAUUAUAUAUUCAUUUUUAAAUGUGUAUAUUCUUUCCGUAUUCAUAAAACAAUGCUUCAAAGUACAAUAUAAUAAAAGUAUUUAUAUACAAUGGGUAUAUAAUAUAUUUAAUUGCACAGUUAAAAUAUAAUUAAUUGGUGUGUAAGCCGGUGUGAUAUUUCAAGACUGCAAACUGCUGAAAAUAAUUUAAAUUAAUUGUGGUAAUAUUAAUAUAUAUAGGCAUUUUAAAUAGUUGGAGAAUAUUACUCUUAUAGAUGUAAACAGUCAUUGCUAUUAGUAAAUUUUGUUUACGGUUAAUUCAUAUUUUAUUUUCUACAUUUAUUAUAAAUUGUUUUUUAGCAUUUGCAGUCAUUCAUUCAAACUGUAUAUUUUUUUUUCAAAAAAAUGUAAUUAAGUGUAUAUGUAAUGCAAUAAAAGACAUUAUAUUGAUAAAUUAUUUUCAAAAACACAUGUUAAUUUAUUGUAUUAUUACUAAAAUUAUUAUUAUUAUUAUUUGUAUUAUUAAUAUCAUCAUUAUUAUAGAGAUUUUGAUUACGAUGUAUAUUCACACAAAUAUUUUUUGUUUGUGUAAUGAUGUGCUAUUUCAUUUUAAUUUUUUUCUGAUGAUAAAAAUUUAUUUUGAUGCUGUAAAACAGAAUGAUCAGUACUUAUAAUAUUUCUAGUGCUUGGAAAGUUACUUGAAAAAAAAAAUUUGUUCCUAUUCAUAUAAUUCAAGAAGAACGUUUUUCUGUUCAUGUCAAACACUCAAUACUCAAUGAAUGAGUUAAUUAAAUUGUUCCAUAAAAAUUAAUAUUUUUUCAAAUAAUAAUAUUUAAUGAUUUUUUUAUGUAUCACAAAAUUAAAAAUAAUAUUAUAGAUAAUAAAUUACUGAACGAGAUAUAUUUUAUUGUUAAUAAUUGAAAUUUCUUUGUGGCAUUACUUGAUUACUAUUUUUAAACUGAACAAUUGUAUAGAUAAAAUUCAUAUUUUGUGUUAAAGAUUUUUCUUAGGUUCGACUAUUCUUCAAAUUUUGAAUUUCAAAGCGAUCUUAAGACCUGCUCAUAGUUACCAGGAGUAUUUGUAAUAUUUUUUUAUGUACAUAAUAUAAAAUCAUGGAACACCUAUUACACAUAAUAUUUUAUGGUAAAUCUGUUUCAUCCCAGUUUAUUGCAAGUUGUUAAUAACAAUAUUUUAAUAUGUAAACUAAUAAAUAUCAUAUUACAUGGUAUUCUGUACAUACCAUGUCACCAUUGGUUUAAUAAAUCCUUAAUAUUAAUUUAAUAAAAAAAUAUAUAUCUAUUUUAUAAUUGGGUACGGUUAAUGAGCGACAAAAUCAUCUUGUUUUGACCACAAGAGAAAAUUUUAAUUUAUAUAGUUUUCGUAAAAAUAGAUUACUGUUCUCUGAACUUGUAAUUUUCAAGCACUAAAUAUUUCAUUGUUUAAAUGUAAUAUGAAAAAAAAAAAAAACACAGAUGGCUUACAAAAUGUUAGUGCAAAAUAAUUAGGUAGGUAAUAUAAUAUUUUACUUUAUGUACUAUGAUAUUUAUGUUUUAUACAGUAAUAAUGUAUAGAUAAUAAAUUCGUUAAUUAUUUUAAUUUAAA